AUGGAAAUUGAGUCACUUCAAGAAGCACUCCGAGACUUUGAGAAGAAAACAAAAGGGGAGACCUGUCCUAUAUUGGAGCAGUUUUUGUGUCAUGUUGCCAAGACUGGAGAAACCAUGGUCCAAUGGUCUCAGUUUAAGAACUACUUUCUUUUUAAAUUGGAGAAGGUCAUGGAUGAUUUCAGAGCCUCUGCUCCUGAGCAAAGGGGCCCUGCCAAUCCCAAUGUGGAGUCAAUUCCAUUUGAAGAUAUGAAAGAGAGAAUCUUGAAGAUUGUUGAAGGGUAUAAUGGUAUUCCCUUCACUAUACAACGCCUAUGCGAGUUACUCACAGAACCUAAGAGGAAUUACACAGGAACAGAUAAAUUUCUUCGAGGUGUGGAGAAGAAUGUAAUGGUGGUGAGCUGUGUUCAUCCAACAUCAGAGAAAAAUGGAUGCAGCACUGUCAAUAGAAUGAAUGGAGUAAUGCUUUCCGGAAGCACAUCUUCAUUCACGGAGAGAAAAGUGAAUGGUCCGGGAACUCCACGACCACUCAACCGACCAAAGUUAUCUCUCGCCAACUCCCUUGCAGCUAAUGGCCUGCCUGACAGCACAGAAAGCAAAGACCUCAAAACAGACCAAGAAAGUGUUAAAGAUGUAUCAGGAAGUGAGGUUUCAGCCUCUGGAGAGAGCUUGGGCAGCUCUGUAAAAAACAAACACUCGGACACAGAAGAAGACGUGGAACCUGAGCGGGAAGUGAAGAGACUUAAGUUUGGUGAGGAGGAAGAUGAUGAGGAGGAGGAGGAAGAGGAAGAAGAAGACGAGGAAGAAGAGCAGGAAGUGGAAAUGCCACAGCCUUUGUACGGCACUUGCGUCUCAAAAGAAGCAGAAGCCAUGGUCCAUGAGGAAGAAAAGAAAGUUCAUUUAAAGGAAGAUGCCUCUUUUAGUGCUAUAGCUGUUGAAGACCAAGAGCCAACAAGCAGCACUCAGGCUGAAACGUGUCCAGACGAAGAGCUGGCCGAAAGGGACAAGCUGUGCAGAUCGCAGAAUGAUGCCAGUGACGUGGAUCAAGAGAAGCAGGUGUCACCUGCUUGUGUUGCUAGAAGCCCAGAGACCAAUGCAGAUAGUGAGGAGUUUCACAGUGACCCUGUUAGUAGUAGUAGCAGCAGCAGUAGUAGCAAUAGUAGCAGUUGUAGCAUAGACGAGAGUGUAGAAGUGGCCCCAGAAGAUAACUCGCCCACACCAUCUAGUAGUACGAAUGAGCCUUCUUCAGAGGGUGGUAUGGAAAAUGUCAGCGUGGAGAAUGGAACCGCUGACAAGCCGUUGGAGCAGGACUAG